AGACACCAAAAAUUGUUUCUCCAUAAAAUAAAAAAAAAAUAUAGAACAUUAUAACAGUUUGGUUUAAAAAUAAAAAUACAGGAGGAGAAAGUAAUUUUUGGCGAGGUCUAACAAAAUAAAUAAACAUUUAAAAAUGAAAACGAGGUUGCUUCACUACCGCCAAAUUUCGUGGAUUCUUGUGAUUGCAUCAAUAAUCUCUUUUUCUGAAUGCAAAUUACCAUCGUCGAUUCAGCCAAGAUGUCCCGUAAAGUCCCAAAAUUGGGGACAAUGUAUUAUACAAGCAAUUGAAAACACAAAGCCCUAUUUGGCAAAAGGAGAUUUCGGCGAGGGAUUUGUAGUGCCAAAAAUGGAACCUUUGUAUAUUAAAAGACUUGGUAUGGUUAGUCAUGAUGUAAAUACAACAAUUUCUGAUCUACUUGUGACGGGAGCGAGCGACUUUAAAGUAACGAAAAUCAAGCCAAAAAUUGAAGAUCUCUCAUUCGAAGCUAUUUUAAUGGCGCCAGUGUGGAAAUUCACAGGUAGUUAUGUACUCGAAGUCAAAGCUGGGCCCGUAGAAAUAAAUGGAAAAGGUCCUAUUCAAGGGGAAUUCUUUGGAAUCGGUAUAAAAAUUCGUGCUAAAUUCCAUCCGGUGAAAGAGAACAACAAAACAUUUGUAAGAUUCCAGAGAUUCCAAAUGCGGAUGAAAAUUCAAGAUGGAAAACUUCAAUUGGAUAACCUAUUUGGCGGAGAUCCUGUUUUGGGAGAUUUCGGAAAUCAAUUUAUCAAUACGAGAACUCAGUUGAUUAUUCAGCAUUUAGAACCAGAAUUAGAGAGAGACCUGACUGCAACGUUUUCAAAGACACUCACUACGUUAUUUAGGGAUGUGACUUUUGAGGAAAUGUUUCCAGUGCAGUAAAUUUUCGAAUGGAAAUUGUAUGCCUAUUUCAAAGUUAAUUAAAAGUAUUAAAAAAUAUUUAGUUUCGCGUUUUGGGGAUAUCUAAUCUAGUCUUCAUCAAUAUGUUUCGUUUAAUUUAAAAAAAGAAAGUUAUCCACACUAAACUGGAGUGUUAUGCAAAACAAAACAAAAAUGAA